AUGGAAUUGAGACAGUCUAUCCUGUGGGAAGCUCAUAGUAGCUCUUAUGUUAUGCACCCGAAAGGUAAUAAGAUGUAUUGUGAUCUUUGUGAUUUGUAUUGGUGGGCUGGGUUGAAGCAUGAAGUGACUAAGUUCGUGUCCCAUUGUUUGACAUGUCAAAAAGCUAAGGCUGAGCACCAACUUCCUUUCGGACUUUUGCAACCUGUUAAGAUUCCGUUGUGGAAAUGGGAAAGGAAUUUAGCGAAGUUAUAUGUUUCUGAAAUUGUCAGAUUGCAUAGGGUUUCAGUAUCCCUUAUUUCGGAUCGGGAUCCUCGUUUCAAUUCUCAUUUUUGGCAGAAGCUUCAUAAGGGUUUGGGUACUCGUCUUGAUUUUAGUAUAGCUUUUCAUUCUCAAAUUGAUGGUCAGUCGCAAAGGAUGGCACCCUAUGAGGCCUUAUAUAGUAGAAAGUUUCGCACUCCCCUUUGUUGGACUGAAUUGGGUGAAAGGAAAGUGUUGGGUCCUGAGUUAGUGGCUGAUAUAGAAAACAAGGUUCAUUUGAUUCAAGAUCGACUUAAGGUCACUUCUGAUAGACAGAAGUCUUACGCAAACCUUAAGAGGCGAGAAAUAGAGUAUGAGGUAGGGGACUAUGUUUCCCUUAAGGUGUCUCAUUGGAAAAAUAUUCUCAAGUUUGGUCGCAAGAGCAAGUUGAGCCCUCGUUUUAUUGGACCACAUCAGGUUAUAAAGAGUGUUGGGCCAGUUGUAUAUCAGCUUGAAUUACCUCCGGAGUUAGAUCGCAUCCAUAACAUCUGUAGAUCGCAUCCAUGA